UUGAUCGGAAUUGUUUACAGUUCCGUCGUUGAAUAGCGGAUUCACAGCAGAUUAAACUUUAAAUAGCAAUUUUACUAUCUAUUCCCGAUUUUCUGUUUGAUUAAUUGUGUUCUACAGUUACUCAAGAGAUCGCGAAAUCGCCGUAACCAUCGAUCAAGUGAAUUAACGUGUUCGCCAGUGACAAACUCUAUUUACAAAAAUUUAUCCCCGUUUCGCUGCUAUGAGCAACGCUGUUAUGAUGGAUUACGAGUUCAAAAUGAAGACGCAGCAGGAGCGAGCCAAGGUGGAAGACCUGUUCGAAUACGAAGGCUGUAAGGUCGGCCGGGGAACGUACGGACACGUCUACAAAGCGCACCGGAAAGAAAGCAACGACACGAAAGACUACGCUCUGAAGCAAAUCGAGGGAACCGGCCUGUCGAUGUCGGCUUGCCGGGAGAUUGCGCUACUCCGAGAGUUGAAGCAUCCCAACGUCAUCAACCUCAUACGGGUGUUUCUGUCGCAUACAGACCGGAAGGUUUGGUUACUCUUCGAUUAUGCCGAACACGAUCUGUGGCACAUAAUCAAGUUCCAUCGCGCUGCAAAGGCCACCAAGAAGCCGGUUAUGGUACCGAAAGGGAUGGUCAAGAGCUUACUGUACCAGAUAUUGGACGGAAUUCACUAUCUGCACAGCAAUUGGGUUCUGCAUAGAGAUCUGAAACCUGCCAACAUUCUCGUGAUGGGAGAAGGGAACGAACGUGGACGUGUGAAGAUCGCCGAUAUGGGUUUCGCUAGGUUGUUCAAUGCGCCACUGAAACCGCUAGCGGAUCUCGAUCCAGUCGUAGUAACAUUCUGGUAUCGUGCACCGGAAUUGUUGCUGGGAGCUCGACAUUACACGAAAGCCAUCGAUAUCUGGGCAAUUGGAUGCAUUUUUGCGGAGCUGCUCACAUCGGAACCGAUAUUUCACUGCCGCCAGGAGGACAUCAAAACGAGCAACCCCUAUCAUCAUGACCAACUGGACCGAAUCUUCAAUGUGAUGGGCUUCCCUCAGGACAAGGACUGGGAAGAUAUCCGGAAAAUGCCCGAACAUCAUACGCUCACGAAGGACUUUAAGCGAUCCAACUACGCAAACUGCUCUCUGGUCAAGUACAUGGAACGCCACAAGAUCAAACCGGACAGCAAGGCGUUCCAUCUGCUACAAAAGCUGCUGCUGAUGGAUCCGAACAAGCGUAUAACUUCGGAACAGGCCAUGCUAGAUCCCUACUUUUCAGAAGAUCCCAUGCCUACGGCGGACGUCUUUGCCGGUUGCCCUAUACCUUAUCCGAAGCGUGAAUUCCUCACCGAUGAGGACCAAGACGACAAGGGCGAAAGCAAACGGCAACAGCAGCAACAACAACAGCAACAGCAGCAACAACAACAGCAGCAGCAACAACAACAACAACAACAACAACAACAACAACAGCAACAGCAGCAGCAGCAGGCCAACCAACAAGCACAACAAAACCAACAACAGCAGCAGGCAAAUCAUCAGAAUCAGCAGCAAAACCAGCAACAGCAGGCAAACCAACAGAACCAGCAAUCCCAACAGCAGCAGCAGCAGCAACAACAACAACAACAGCAAAUGCAGCAACAACAGCAAGCACAGGGCGGAAUGGAUCACAGUGCCGCCAAAAGGGUACGCAUGUCCGGCCCAAGCGGACAGCCCGGGAACGGUAUGAAUCAACAGGACUAUCAGCAACAAGCCCAGCAAGCAGCAGCCGCUGCUGCAGCGGCUCAGCAGCAACAGCAGCAGCAACAACAACAGCAGCAGCAGCAGAUGAUGUUCAACAAUUCUCAGCAGGGCGGAUUCCAACAACGGUAUUAAUCUCCUAGUGUGUAAGGUAGGUCAUCAAUUUAAUUUGUUUUACGAACUGUGUCAGU